GAGAAAAACACAUACACCUAUUCUCUCUCUCUCCACCCUCUUUCAGAACAACAUCUCUUCCCACUUUAAUUUUUUCUUCAUUCAGGGCAUUGAGAGUUGUGGAGACGAGCUGUUACGGGAGAUAUUUCAGUUUCCGGCCGUCUUGAUUGAGCUGAUCAAAUUUAUUUUUGGCCGGAAAUUCAUCUGCGAUCGGAAACUACCAUGGAUGCUCCUGGCGGUUCAGGUGAAUCCCCAUCGCAGGAUGAGUCUCCGCCGGUCUCACCGCCUCCCGUAGAGUCUUCUCCCCCUUCCGCUCCAUCUGGAGACACCUCCGAUUAUUCUUCCCCCAAUUCAUCUGGAGAUUCGUCUACGCCAUCUGAUGGUUCUUCGCCGGAACCGGAUAGCUCUUCUAGCGGUUCUUCUUCCGUGCCGAUAUUUUCUCCUCCGUCGACAGAUUCAUCAAACUCUAAUGACAAAGUUCCAUCUUCCAGAUCACGCUCCAAGCGAUCCUCGUCUGACAAGUCCGAUUCCAAAGAUUCAUCAUCUUUAGAUACGGGAGUCAUAGCCGGACUUGUCGCGUCGGGAGUAUUGAUUAUUGCCAUUAUAAUUCUUUGCAUAUGCUGUAAGAGAAGAAGAAGAAGGAAGAAGAAACAGGUGCAUUAUAUGGAUCGUCAAAAUCCAUAUAAAGGUGAAAACAUGUAUUACAACGCCCCCCCUUCUGCACAAUGGCAAGGAGGAGGACAAAACAUGGAUCAUGUAGUUAAGCUCUCUCAGCAACCAGGUGGAAUGAUGCCUCCAAGCAAUGCAUGGGGUGCACCGCCUCCAUCAAACAGCAGCGUGUCGCCACAAAUGAGUAUGGGCGGGUUCAACCAGAGCCAAUUCAGCUAUGACAUGCUUGCUGCAGCCACCAAGGGAUUCUCUCGGGAAUUUUUGUUGGGGCAAGGUGGGUUCGGGUAUGUGCACAAAGGUGUGCUGCCCUCGGGAAAGGUAGUGGCAAUCAAGAGCUUGAAAUCGGGUAGUGGACAAGGGGAAAGAGAAUUCCAGGCCGAAGUUGAGAUCAUUAGCAGAGUUCACCAUCGGCAUCUUGUGUCGCUUGUUGGAUAUUGCAUCAGUGAGCGGCAGAGGAUGUUGGUGUAUGAAUAUGUUCCCAAUCAGACCUUGGAAUUCCACCUCCAUGGAAAGGGUCGACCUGUCAUGGACUGGGCAACCAGGCUCAAAAUUGCUCUGGGAUCUGCUAAGGGAUUAGCUUACCUCCAUGAAGAUUGCCAUCCUCGGAUUAUCCACCGUGACAUCAAGGCUGCAAACAUUUUACUUGAUGAGAACUUUGAAGCCAUGGUUGCAGAUUUUGGAUUGGCUAAACUCUCUAAUGACAACAACACUCAUGUCUCUACUCGCGUCAUGGGAACCUUCGGGUACUUGGCUCCAGAAUAUGCAUCAAGCGGAAAGCUAACAGAUAGAUCAGAUGUUUUCUCAUUUGGAGUGAUGCUUUUAGAAUUUAUAACCGGGAACCAACCUGUGGAUCUUACUGGUGAAAUGGAAGACAGCUUAGUAGAAUGGGCUAGACCACUUCUUGCCACGGCUAUUCAGAAUGGGAACUAUGAUGAAUUAGUAGACAAACGGCUUGAAGGCAACUAUAACUCCAAUGAGAUGGCUCGUAUGGUGUCAUGUGCUGCUGCUAGUGUUCGCCAUUCUGCUAGAAGGCGCCCCAAGAUGAGCCAGAUUGUACGAGCGCUGGAGGGAAAUUCAUCACUAGAGGAUUUGAACGAGGGUGGAAAGACGGGGUUGCAGGGUGGCACGAGCGUGGUAUCCAGCAAUAGCGGCAUGACGACGAGUUCAGACAGAUCUGGGAUGUACGAUACAUGUGCAUACAAUGCAGACAUUAUGAAGUUCCGGAAAAUGGUGCUGUCAGACGACAGCAGUACUGAGUUUGGGACUACAGGUGAGUUUGAGAGAAAAUAAUAAUAACAUAGGAGGAGGGAAGCAGCAGGGGCAGAAGAACGGACGUGAUAGAGAAACCGGCCGUGAAGAAGAAGAAAAAAAAGAAGAAAAAAUUUUGUCAUUGAGAGAGACAUAUAUGGAUCGAUCAGUCUCUUGGCAAGUGAUGUGAUGAACCCAGUUUUGGAAAGGAUUGGAGGAAUCAGAUGAUGUUCUCCCAUUUCAUAUGAGUUUUUUUUUUUUUUUUUUUUUUUGGAAUUUCCACACAUACCAAAGCUUAAAUUAUCCAGGUCGAUUCUGCAUAUAUUUUCUUCUGUUUAAUUAAUGUUUGUUGUAAAAUAUAAUGACAUAUUCGACCAAAAUUAUAGUAGUGUGAGCCUUACCA